AUGGGUCGUAGGAAAAUUGAGCGAACAUCAGCCGAAGAAGAGGAAAUCAAAAAAGUACGACGUGAUAAGCAAAAUGAGCUACGACGUCGAAGUCGAAUGAUGACAAAUAACACACUAUAUGAACAAGGUGAACAUAAUGCAAUUACGUCUAACAAUUCGUGUUCGUUAAAUAUUACAGAUACGCUAUUAAAUAUCAAUGAAAAUAGUUCUAUAUAUGAUGUUUUUGACAUGCCUUCUACGUCCAAUAAUCCAAUACCAUCACUAUCAACCGCAUCUCAGGAUCGGCACUUUGAACAUAAUUAUAGUAAAACAGUACCGAUUAGGUCAACUGUAUCGCAGAGUUGGUGCUCCGAACAUAAUUAUAGUAGAGUAACAGAUGAAUCUUGGAACAGAGUGGAAUCAAGUAGUGAACCUUCGAUUCAAAAUGACCCUCUGCGUCGAUUAAAUAUCAAUAACAUUAAAAUUAUAGAUACUAUUCGAGAAAACUACAUAGGUGAAAUGAACGUAAACUGUAAACAUUGUAAUGCAAAACAUUUUGCUGCUGAAGUAGUGGCAAACAAAGCUAAUUCAUUUAAUGACUGUUGUCGUCAUGGUGAAGUAGCGUUAGAGCCUUUACCAGAAUUUCCGACAUUGUUGAAAGCCUUAUUCGAAGGUACUCACGAAAAGUCGAAAAACUUUUUCGAUCGUAUUCGUAAUUUUAAUAGUUCGUUUUCAUUCGCUUCGUUUAAUGCUAACUUGGUUGAUUUAUCUUCUCAAAGACGGGGUCCAUAUUGUUUCAAAAUUCAAGGACAAGUAUAUUAUCAAAUCAAUACUUCAUUAUAUCCAUCUUUAACUGAAUCACCAAGCUAUGGACAGUUAUUUAUUGUGGAUUCAACGGAAGCUGUAGAAUAUCGGUCCCAAAGAAAUGUAGAUUGUGACAGAGGCCUCUUACAAACUAUCGAUAUGACAAUUCGUCAACAUAACGUUUUCGCUAAAUCCUACCAAAUGAUGAAGGAUGUACUAAAAGAUCAAUCAAUAAUUAAUCCAAACGGCGACACCGUUGAACAUGAGUUGAAUUUAAUUUUUACAUUCAAACCGGGUAUGGAUAUUAGACGGUACAAUUAUCAGAGAGUGAAUGAAGUUGCCGCAGUUUUCUCUACGAAUGCGGAUGGUGAAAUUCCUGAGUCUUACGUUACAAUUCAAAAUAAAACAUCAAAAUCAUUUCAGUAUUUAAGUACUAUGGACCCUAACACUGAACCCUGGGUUUAUCCUUUAUUUUAUCCUUAUGGUAAUCAAGGAUGGCAUCAAUUUAUACCAUACGCACGUAAAACCAAUCGAAGAGUAACGCGUGCAGAUUAUUAUAAGUACAGAUUAGCUAUUCGAAAUAACUUUAAUGUUUUUUUAACGGGACGACGUUUAUCUCAACAAUGGAUAGUCGAUAGUUAUGUUAAGAUAGAGAAAGAUAGAUUAAAUUAUUGUAAAUUUAAUCAAAAAAACUUACGGGCCGGAUCGUAUCAAGGCUUAUUAGAUCAUUUACAAUCACGAGUCUAUAAUGAUAAUACAAAUUCCAAUAUAGGUAAAAUUUUUAUUUUACCAUCGAGCUUCUGUGGUUCACCACGUAAUAUGUUGCAGCAUUAUCAAGAUGCUAUGUCCAUUGUGCGUAAAUUUCGUAAGCCAGAUUUGUUCGUGACUAUGACAUGCAAUCCGAAAUGGCGUGAAAUUACUGAUAAUUUAUUGCCAGGACAAAGAGCUUCGGAUAGACCUGAUUUAGUUGCACGUGUAUUUGAUAUAAAAAAAGAUGUUUUGAUUCAGAUGAUUGUGAAACAAAAUCUUUUUGGUGAAGUUAUUGCUUACAACUGGGUUAUCGAAUCUCAAAAACGGGCAUUGCCACAUUUACAUAUGUUAAUAACAUUAAAAAACGGUUCUAAAAUAACAACUCCCGAUGAUGUCGAUAAAUUUAUAUCUGCAGAAAUCCCAGAUCAAACAAGUAAUCCUACGUUGCAUGAUAUCGUUACAAGAAACAUGCUUCAUGGUCCUUGUGGAAAUUGGUGUUUAGUUAACGGGUCGUGCUCAAAAAAAUUCCCGAAAAGUUUUCGUAAUGAAACAACAAUGGAUGAAAAUGGAUAUCCUUUUUACCGUUGA